AACUUUCUCCUUAACUGAAUAACCAACUUUUCCCGCCAUUUUCAGAGAAUUGAGCCCUAAGGUAAUCAAUGGAGUCGAAUAUUGCAGCAGUAGUUUCAGAGAGCCCUAAGGCCAAAGAAGAAGCCAAGAACGAGGAGAUCCUCACCGGCAGCGACGGCAACAUCAAGAACAACAAGAAGGCAGUUGUUGUUACUGUAGUUGCUAUUGCUGAUCAUCAUGGCAAGGUUGCUUCCAUCACUUCUUCUGCAAAAACUGAGUCACCCCAAGAGAUUAAGAAGAUGAUGAAGAACAACAAGAAGAAGAAGAACAAGGUUCAAGUCUCCAAUACCAAGAAACCCUUCAUCUUCUAUCUCAAUCUUGCCAAGAGGUACAUAAAUGAGUGCAAUGAGGUUGAGCUCUGCGGCUUGGGGAUGGCUAUUCCUACUGUUAUCACAAUUGCUGAGAUUCUGAGGCGAAAUGGAUUGGCAAUCCAGAAAGGAAUAAUGACAUCAACUGUACUCAGCGCCCAGGAGGAUAAAAAAGGUCGUCAGAUCGAGAAAGCCAAGAUUGAGAUAGUGCUUGCAAAAGCUGAGAAACUUGACACGACCAAUCCGACUGUAACCCCGACGAAGGCUGCUGAUCAGAGUUCAUAACAAAGCAAUAGUAUUUGAAUUUCACUUCUAUAGCAUGAUCUCUCCCUGUUUUCCCCACCUUCUAACUGGAACUGCAGUUGCACGAACAAGGAUCAGUUUGGUUGGAGAUGGUCCAGCUGGACUUUUCUGUAUGGUUUUUCCUUUCAUCGUCCGAGUUAACACUCUAAUGUAGUAUCAAUUUACUGUACAUUGUACACAGCACGUUUAAAGAGAAUGAGUUUCAGAAUCCCUCUCUCUAUUUCUGUUGAACAUCAUUUUGACUUUGAGCAAGGAUAUUGUCCUCUCAGUACUACACAAUGAUCGGCCAAAUUCAUACAGAAGAACUGCUAUUUUCUUAGCGCUGUUAAACAGCUAAGAAAAAUGGUUAUGGCAUAUGAUAAAUAUGACCAUAUAAUUGCAGCAGAAAAAGGAAUAUAAGAUGGAACUAUAUUGCUUACUGGAAUAGCAUAAUGCACUAGGAAAUUAAUCUAUCCAAAUGAAACUCAUUUCAGAGUUGCACUUAAAAGACGGCAAGAUUGACUUGAAAAACAAAAGGGGCAAGGAAAUGAAUAAGGAUGAAAAAUGAAACUCUUUUGACAGUUUCACUCAUAGAAAGUACGAUCAAACUAUAGCGCUGUAAUAAAGAGAAAGAGCAAAUAGUUAAUCUACAGGUUGACCAAUGGCAGAAAGGAAUACAGCUAAAACACUAUUUAGUUGCAUUCAUGAAUUUCAACCACAAAGUAACAUGACAUGGAAAAUCUGAAUCUUGAUGAGUACAUCCUACAAAUGCUGCAGUCUACAUUUCAGUUUCUCUUAAAGAUUCAAUUGUUCUUAGUAAAGCUUCAACAGCUCUGGUGCUUUUGGCUAUGUGCUGGUUAACAGACAUCUUAAGCAGUAGCUUUAUAAAGUGUCAAAUAGUACAGACGAUCCAAAGUCCUUAAUUCAGCCUUCUGAUAUCAAAUCUCAUGCGAAGCCCCUCGAAACAAUCCGCUUCUCUAAGCUCUGAGUCAGAAUACUUGGUUGAUUGGUA